AUGCUUCUGGUUGGGUACACCAUUCGAUCCAUGUACAUUGGCGCGUCCAAGCGACGUGGUUAUGGCCCGUUCAUGCUGUGUCUGUUUGCGUUUCCACUCGUGAUGAUACAACCAACGCUGCAAGUCCUCCAGAGUCUUCGCUACUACAACUCGUACGCCCCCAUGACAAUGCUGAUCAACGUCAUUUCGUGGCUGGGACUCCUUCAGAUGUCGACGGCGUCCAUGUGGAAUGCCAGUCUGGACCAAACCGUCCUCGAGUGGUGGCACAAGUUGUACGUUUAUGACAACAAUGCCGCCGCUGUGGCGUCGUCGUACCUUCCCAGCAAGCCGGCGACAGUCGUCGAAGAAGAAGACUGCGGCGCGUGA